AUGUCUUUCUCUUCCCUCAGUUCCCUCAAGGGCCUCCUCUCCCCCACUACAGAAUCGGAGUACGACAUCGAGAAAGACCUCUCUAACUCAAGCGACGGAGAGAGCACAAAUGGCGAAGUCAAGCCUCGCGAUGUUAAGAACAGCAAGUUCAUCGAUGGACGAGUGAUAUCCGACGCCAUAAUCGGCCUCUCGGACGGCAUGACAGUACCGUUCGCCCUCACGGCAGGCCUCUCCGCACUGGGGGACACAAAAGUCGUCGUCUUUGGCGGAUUUGCGGAGCUCAUUGCCGGUGCUAUUUCAAUGGGUCUGGGCGGGUAUCUCGGUGCGAAGAGCGAAGAGUACAUCUUCCCGGAUGACUUCCUAGAAUCCUACCACGCAACCCUUAAAGAAACCACCAAAGCAGCCCUUACAGCACCCUCCUCCGUCUCAGAAACAAUCCAUGAAAUCUUCACCCCCUACGAGCUUCCCGACCACCUCGUCUCCCAACUCACAACGCACCUGACGUCCUCACCGCACCUUCCCUCCUUCCUCAUGACCUUCCAGCACACCCUUCCCGAACCAUCAGGGUCCAGAGCCUUUACCUGCGCCCUUACGAUCGCCCUCUCAUACUUCAUCGGCGGGUUUGUUCCGCUCCUCCCAUACUUCUUCGUUGGACCAGACCAGGCGUUUCUGGCGCUGAAGUGGAGUAUUGCGACCAUGGCCAUUGCGCUGUUUCUCUUUGGGUAUGGGAAGACUUGCUUCGUGAGCGGCUGGGGAGGAAGCAAAAACAUAAAGAAGGGAGCAUGGGGCGGACUGCAGAUGGUUAUAGUGGGCGGUGUUGCGGCGGGUUGUGCAAUGGGGCUGGUUAAAGGGUUUCAGGCGCUGGGCGCUGGUUCUGCAUGA